UCCGCCCACACCUCGUGCUGCCAUGGUGACCGCCGUCGACAUCACGUUACCGUGGAGACGGUGAUAAGCGAUCACAAGAAAACGCGGGCUCAUUUUUAUGCUGCCUUUUUUUCCUUUUCUUUUUUUUUUGCAGCUGAUCGAAGUGAUCGAUGUUUCUGACGCGGUGACGUCAUUCUGUUUCCUUCUUCGUGCGGGAAGUCAAAAACCUGCUGAUCAGCCAAUCUGCAGUUCGUUUGUGCUGCAUCCUCCUCUUCCUUCUCUCCGUUUCUCCUCCUCCUCGGCCCCGAUGCUCCCGCCGGCCCUGCCCGGCCUCGAUGCUCGGUCCGCGGGCUGGCUGUAGCUCGGUGAAUCGGUGCACAUCGUCGGUCCGUCAUGGUGCAGAAAUCUCGCAACGGCGGGGUGUUCCCCGGAGCGCAGGCCGACCAGAAGAAGCUGAAGGUCGGCUUCGUGGGUUUGGAGGCCGGAGGGACGGACUCCAGCAGGGACGGUGCUCUGCUCAUAGCGGGUGGAGACGAGGGGCCUCGGCGGCAGCGCAGCAGCGUCUCCGGGGGGAAGAAACCUCCCAAACGAAACGCCCUCUACAGACGCCUGCAGAACUUCCUGUACAACGUCUUGGAGAGACCCCGAGGAUGGGCCUUUAUCUACCACGCCUAUGUGUUCCUGCUGGUGUUCUCCUGCCUGGUUCUGUCCGUGUUCUCCACCAUCAGAGAGUACGAGAAGAGCUCAGAGGACGCGCUCUACAUCCUGGAGGUGGUGACCAUCGUGGUGUUCGGGGUGGAGUACAUGGUGAGGAUCUGGGCUGCCGGGUGUUGCUGUCGGUACAGAGGGUGGCGAGGUCGACUGAAAUUCGCCAGGAAGCCCUUCUGCGUCAUCGACAUCAUGGUGCUCAUAGCAUCCAUAUCAGUCCUGGCUGCAGGGACUCAGGGAAACGUCUUCGCCACGUCGGCCAUCAGGUCGCUGCGGUUCCUUCAGAUUCUCCGAAUGAUCCGUAUGGAUCGCCGAGGAGGAACCUGGAAGCUGCUGGGAUCGGUGGUCUACGCUCACAGCAAGGAGCUGAUCACAGCCUGGUAUAUCGGCUUCUUGUGUCUCAUUCUGGCAAGUUUCCUCGUUUACCUGGCAGAAAAAGAAGAUAAUGAACAGUUUGAGACAUAUGCUGACGCCCUCUGGUGGGGACUGAUCACCUUGACAACCAUCGGUUAUGGAGACAAGUUCCCCAUCACCUGGAAUGGACGUCUGCUGGCUGCAACCUUCACUCUGAUUGGAGUUUCAUUCUUUGCUCUGCCGGCUGGGAUUCUGGGUUCUGGCUUUGCUCUGAAGGUUCAGGAGCAGCACAGGCAGAAACACUUUGAGAAGAGACGAAACCCCGCAGCAGGACUCAUACAGGCGGCCUGGAGGGUUUACGCCACAAAUCUGAGCCGAACCGAUCUGACAUCUACCUGGGAUUAUUACGAGAGGACAGUGUCUGUCCCCAUGUAUAGGCUGAUCCCUCCUCUCAAUCAGUUGGACUUACUAAGGAACCUCAAGAACAAAUCCGGACUCUCAUUCAGGAAGGAUGUUCAGCCCGAACCUUCUCCCAGUCAGAAGGUGAGUCUAAAGGAGAGGGUCUUCUCGUCUCCUCGGAGUUCAGGAACCAAAGGCAAAGGUUCUCCUCAGCACGGAGUUGCACCUGGAAUGGGUCCUGCUCCUGGCAUUGGUCCUGGAGUACCUGGAGGUCCUGGGGGAGUCCAGGCCUUGCGGCGUUCCCCCAGCAUAGAGCCCAAUUUGGAAGAGAGUCCCAGCAAGGUUCCAAAGAGCUGGAGCUUUGGGGAACGCAGCAGAACUAGGCAGGCCUUCAGGAUCCGGGGAGCAGCAUCCCGUCAGAACUCUGAAGUGCUGAUAGAGAUGCAGGACGAAGAGUUCAGACAGAAGAGCUCCCCAGAGGCCAGCCUUCCUGGAGAAGACAUGGCUGAUGACAACAAGAGCUGCCACUGUGAGUUUGUCCCUCAGGACCUGACCCCAGCGUUAAAGGUUACCAUUAGAGCCAUCUGCAUCAUGCGCUUCAUGGUAUCCAAGAGGAAGUUUAAGGAAAGUCUUCGUCCCUACGACGUCAUGGAUGUGAUUGAACAGUAUUCAGCCGGACACCUGGACAUGCUCGCCCGUAUCAAGAACCUCCAGUCUAGGGUGGAUCAGAUCGUUGGCAGAGGAACACCAAUUACAGAUAAGGAUCGUCCCAAAGCAGCCAGUGAGGAGCUACCUGAAGACCCGAGCAUGAUGGGACGCCUGGGGAAGGUGGAGAAGCAGGUCCUGUCCAUGGAGAGAAAGCUCGACUUUUUGGUUAAUAUCUACAUCCAGCGAAUGGGAAUCCCUCAGGCUGAGACCGACGCCUACUUCGGAUCCAAGGAGCCAGACCCAGCACCACCCUAUCACAGUCCAGUGGAUCAGCUGGAGAAGAGCCAAUCCAUCGCCAAGAUCAUGCAAGGGUUGCCAGGUGAACAUGUGGAGAAGGCUCGGGUUGUGACGAAGAUGGUUCGCUCCAGCAGCUCCACCGGACACAGGAACUACAAUGCCCCCACAUGUCCUCCCUCCACCUCCUGGCAGCCCAUCAGCUCCCAGAUCCACCAGCAGGCUCCGCCCCCUCCUCAUCGUAGCCAGGGUAAUACUCCAAGUCCGGUGGGGGAUGGGUCACUGGUUCGACUGCCCCCCCCUCCAUCCGGGGAGAGACACGGUGGGAACCGAUCGAACCGUCACAGCACCGGAGACCGAGGGGGGGCGGAGAAACAGGAGAGGGCAGGAGAGGGGUCCAAUGGGAUGGGAGGAGGAGGCGAGGAGGGGAAGCCUGACAGUGACACCUCUAUCUCCAUUCCAUCAGUGGACCACGAGGAGCUGGAGCGUUCUUUCAGUGGCUUCUCCAUCUCCCAGUCCAGAGACAACCUGGACUUCCUCAACAAUGGAUUCUACUCCUCCAACAACCUGGGAGAUCACCAUGGUGGGGGAGGAGCUGCCUGCUGCACCGCCGUCCGGUCCUACAUCGCUGAGGGGGAGUCAGACUCCGACUCCGAGCUCUGUGCCCCGUCGCCGCACUCGGACCGGGCCUGGACUGGAACCAAAUGAAGCUGAGAGAAAUCCAGAGUCACAACCAGCAGAACAUUUAAAGUAUUUAUCAAAAUUUGAAUAAAAAGUAAACAUGAAGAUUUAAACCACCAGCUGGAGGCUCACAGCAAAGGAUUAUUAUGGACAGAGCUCUGCGGCCGCACCCACGAUGGUACAAUUUACGUGACAGAUUCUGCACGGCAAACAUCUGUCCACACUGUCACCGACUGGCACACUGCUGGGACACGCUUUCACCUAUUGGUUGCUUGUUUCUAUGUAUAAAAUAAUGCUAUCACAUAAUCUCAGCUCACCAAUACAUUUAUUAAUCGUUUAAACAAAGAAAAGUUGGAAAGAUGCACCAGACUGCUGUUUGUUUAUCUACUUCCUGUCCAAAAUUUAGGAAGUAGAUCCGGCGCUGCCGGGUUUUAACUUUCAGGUGAACCACGAGCUUUCAGGUAACUUUGGCUAUGUACGGGAUCUGUUUCUUACUCUGCUCUCUAGAGGCUGCAGCAGUAUCAAUGAACUCUGUUUAUAUGUUUUUUAAUAUUCUGGUUAUUUAACUAAAUGUGACUCUGCACGGUCACUGGAGCAUCUUCUUACUGUGACACUAUCAGCUUGCAUCUGCUCAUCUACUACAUGUAAUCUUUAGCAGGUUAUUGUUUUUUCCCCAGGUGUUUUUGGAAGACUGUAUGGACGAUUUGAUAGUUACUAACAGCCUGAGGUCAGUGCUAACACACAUGCUUAUGUAUUUUGAAAGAUAAUAAAUAAGACAUAAUCUUACAAUAACUCCAUGCUUCAUAGACCUGCUGCAAAGUUACUGCUGCUGUGAUUUCAGAGUAGACAUCAGGGGAAGGUUACUUUUAAUGCUUGUUGCCAAUCGGGCUCUCUAAAUAUGGUAAGCACUGCUGAAAAGUUAAAUUUUAACCCAAGAAAAGAUCUUUGCUUAAACCUCACCAAAUGGCAAAACAGUGAAAAUAAUAAUAUUAAAUUUCUGCCAGAAAGCAUCAAACACAAACCUUUCCACUCAGAAAAUUAAAUUGUAAAGCCAAGAAAACAACUGAAAUGUUGAGAAACCUUACUGGUGCCAAUUUUAACUUUGAUGCAAUAACAAAUCUUAGAAGUAAAGCUGUGGAGUGUUCAGCUAUCUGUGAAAGACUUUGUGAUUGAAUAGCUUCAACAGUUUAAGUGAUUCCAUCAUCUGUAGUUUAUAAUCAGAUGAAAAACUGCAAUCCCGGACAAGCCCCCCUCAGCUUAAAUUAAAAAACAGGGUUUGCAGCUUAUGAAAAACAAAAAACAAAAUCAUACAACCUGAAAAGGUCAUCAGCCAGAAUAUUUUCAGUUAUGGUAAAUGGCCUGUAUUUGUAUAGCGCUUUACACAACCUGUCAUCCACCCAUUCACACACACGUGAUGGCAAGCUACAUUGUAGCCACAGCCACCCUGGGGCGCACUGACAGAGGCGAGGCUGCCGGACACUGGCGCCACCAGGCCCUCUGACCACCACCAGUAGGCAACGGGUGAAGUGUCUUGCCCAAGGACACAACGACCAAGACUGUCCAAGCCGGGGCUCGAACCGGCAACCUUCCGAUCACAAGGCGAACUCCCAACUCUUGAGCUACGAUCGUUCCCUUCUUAUGUCGAAUGUCUAGAGUGUAUUCCUGCGUCAGCAGAGCCUGUCACAUGAGGCCCUGGUUGUGGUUGAAUAUACGUGAAAGGAAAACGAUCAGUGUGCACAACGAUAGGCAAAAUACUGGACUGCAGGUAAACUUGGAGGUGCUGAAGGGCCAGCAACAAACCCAUAGUUUCCUUUUCAAUAGUGGAAUAAUUGAGCUGAUUUUUGUUAAACUUGCAGGAGAAAUAGCAAACGGGGUGGUCCAAACCCUGCACAUCUUCCAGCAACAGUACUGCUCCAGCCCCAACUUCCAAUUUGAAAGGUCAGGUCAACUCAGGUGCAGUGAGCAUGGGGUGUGGCAAAGGAGGGAUUUAGCACUUUCAAAAGCACCCUGACACUCAUCUGACCAAACAAAAUCAAUCUUUGGACAGUAGAUUAGAAUCAGAAAGACUUUAUUUUUUAUAUUAUUAUUCCUAAGGGGCAAUAAAUACUAGUUAAUGGUUAAUGGUUGGACUAUGGAGGAGAAAUUUCUGCAGAUUUGCUGUAAUAACCAACCAUUCCCAGAAACCUAUGCAGCUCACGCCUUGUUUUAGUUGUGGAAUAAUCAUUAAUCGCAACAAAGUUGGAAUUCAUGGGCCGUACCUGACCAUGUCCCACUUCCCUGCCUAAGUAUGUCACAGUGGCCUUGGCAAAUUCACCCUUUCCCAGGUUGAGAGUCAGAGCAGGUUGAGCCAAAUGGUGUAGCAUUUGCAAAUGAUCUUGCCGAGUUUCCGGAUAAACCACCAGGUCAUCCAAUUAGGCACUGCAUCUGGAGAGGCCACUCAGAACUUUAUCAGCCUCUGAAAGGUAACAUGAGCAUUACUGAUAUCAAAUGCUAUGAGAGUUUAAAAAGUCAUCUGAUGUCACAACGGCUGAAAUGUUAGAAGCAUGUUCAGUUAAGGAGACUUGCCAGUAACCUUUAAGGUGGUCCAAUUUGGUUACAGCUCCAGGGGCUCUGAUCUUUUUCAGCAGAUCUUCAGUUUCCUGUUUUGUUAGUGAGCGCUUUACAGUCAGUGUUGGGGAGUAACGGAGUACAUGUACCGGUGUUACGUAUUUAAAAUACAAAAUAUGAGUAACUAUAUUCCGUUACAGUUACCGUUUAAAAAGGUGGUAUUCAGAAUACAGUUACUUUGUUGAA